GGGAAAGAUAUCCCACCUGAGCUUAGUAUCUGUGUACCAGAACACAUUCAUGUGGGCCUAAAGGAUGUGAAUCUGCCAGUCGACAUUUUAUUAGCAACAGUCAAGAAUUGUGAGUAUUUGGCUUGUUACAUGUUUUUAAAAGACCCAUUUGGAUGCUGUUUUGAUCGACUUGGACAUGUUUUAUUCGGAGAGAUUGGUGAGGGUCAUGGAAAGAAAAUGAAAGUUGCUUUGAUGAGAUACACCAGAGGUUCUGUCAAUCCAGAAUGUUCCUUGUCCACUGUCAAAGAUGCUGUCCUUCUUUUGAGGGCUAAGGUGGUGAUUUAUGUAGGGACCUGCAUUGGUCUCAAACCUGAAGAAACCAAGUUAGGAGAUGUUGUUAUCUCUGCCAAAGUAACAACACAUGGAUCCAAUGUAAUUAGAAGCGGUGGCAAUGAAUUUACAGAUGAAAAACAUCAUAUGAGCAGACAUUUUCUUGAUGUGAUCAGGGGUGCAAUAGAGGUGUGGAAGGCCCCACUGAGAGACCCUGGAACUCGAGAUGUAAAAGUGCAUUGUGAUGUUCAAUUUUUGAGUGAUAUAGAGCUGACUAGUGCUAAAUGGCAACAUGACAAGCUAAUCAAGUCCUAUCCAAAGGCAACUGCCAUUGAAAUGGAAGGGGAAGGUAAGUCUUUCAGUCUCUAACCAAUCAUAUUACAUUCUGUACUCAAUGUAUCAUUCUAGGAAGAUGGACAAUGUCUAAAAGGAGUGUGUUUACAUGUCUUCUUUUAUUAUUUUGCUUUUGUAACACAGUGAUCUUACAGAACAACAUCUAACAUUACUAAUGUUAACUACCAUAUAAUUAUGGUUGUAUUGUUGUUAUGGGCAGUUUGUCCAAUUUGGACACUACAUUACAGCUUGUGUAUACGUUAACCAAAAAAUACAUAUUAAACGCGCCAAAAAUCACAUACAAGUGUGAUUUAAAAAAAUGUACAUGUCAAAGUAUCACAUGUGCGUGCAUAAGCUUUUUGCAUCUGCCCAUUUAGUAUAAAGGAGGUAGACCUUUUGUUUUUGUGUUGUUGGCGGUGUAUCGUUUUAAAGAAUAUGCUUUAAAGGCCCAUUUUCACCCUUGAUGCAAUGUGCACCGUGAACCAAAUAUUCCUGUCACAUGAAAUUCAAAGUUUACUGAAAACCUUCUAAAAUCAUCUUUCACAAGAGUCAUCCUGGACAUACAGUCAAUUCACUUUUGGGCUUUAGAUUUCAUGUGUAGUGUCACAUGACUUUUGAUGUAAACAAACCCCAAAAGUUCGGACAUUGAGUCAAGCUCGCAGCACAUGUGUCCAAACUUCAGCUUUGGCAUUUUUUUCUAAAUAACUUCCCACUUUCAAGAAUCAUUUCUUUGCUCAAAAUUGACAUCUUUCUUAUAUCAUUUACUUGACUGUUUAUCAAGCAAGUUGUUAUUUUGCUGCCAUUGAAGUAGAUGUGAAGAAUGUGACAGGAAGAAUUGCGGCAUGGAAUAAUUGAACUAGUUCUAUGUACAGUGAUGUAUCUGACCAAGUAUUUUCAGGGUGUUAAGUGCGUAGAUUGUCAAAUAAACUCAUGUCUGAUAGGAGAUUAGUGCCCAUGAAUGGCUGUAGAAUGUAGAAGUAAGUCUUGAUUCCCACAAGUAAAACCGAUUUCAACUCUAUGAAUGUGUACAAUUUCAGUUGUUAAGUAAGUGUGAAGAAUUUUGUUAUGGAGAAAGUACUGGACUCAAAUAAAACCUACCACUACAGAGGUAGACAAAUUAACCUAUACUUAAUGAAGGUCUAUUUUGUAAAAAAAGGUCACAUCCAAGCACAUGUAGCAGAGUUAGACAGACCAUCCUGUUUCACAUAAUGUAUUUCUGGUUGUAAUGUAGACAUGAAGAAGACCUGCUUAACCAAAACACAAAGUUGUUAUUAUGUAUGUAAACAUGUUUAUUUAUACAUUGCAAGCAACAGAAAUUAUAUUUACAAUAUAUAUGUGAUUACACUGACAAUUCUAUACUCACUUGAACUAGGAAAAAAGUAUUGUACCCGUUAUCAUAGCAUUUGUUGAACACUUUUCACUAACUGGGGUAGAUGUUGCAGGGGAAUUUUCCGGUUAAAAAGUUGACAAAUCUAGAACUUCAUGAAAAUCUGAUUGUGCAGAGGGGCUGAUACUGGAAUCUCCCUCAAAGUAUACCUCACAUAAAGUAAUGAUAUUACUGCAAGAAUAACUUGGCUGCUGAGCUGCAGAACUGAAGGUCUGUGAACUACAACUAAUUAGUGAUGAGCAAACCUCCUGUUCAUCUGUUGAGUCUAUUUAAAAAAAAAGGUAGAUGACAACAUAUCAGUAUCACUUUCAUGAAAAUCUCUAGCUGAGUGACCUUAUAAUUUAUCCAUCUCUGUGUAGAGAUCAGAGCUCUGAAAAAUAUUAGAAAAUAAAAAUUACAAAUUAAUUAUUUGAAAUCAUGAUAAGAAAAAAGGCUACAUACCAGGAAAAAUAGUGGUGGAAACUAAGUUGUAUGUUAUGAAAGGGAAAAUCUGUUGAGACCAAAACAUCUCAAGCUUGGAACACACUUUAGUCAUGAAGCUUGGAUUGAAAGGCACCUCAACAAUAAAGACACCUUGUUUUGUCCACACGACUAAGAUAUUCAAGGACAGCUCACUCACAAACAUCUGAAGUUGGAAGUAGUACUGGGAAGAGGGCUUCAAGGGAAACCCAUUUUCACUUACAAUGCCACCAAUUUCAGGGGUAAGGAAAGCUUCUUUAGGGUACAUAUCUCUGUGUUUUCAGGAGCAUUUAUUUUCCAAAACUUUGUUCGGACAACCACCAGAGAACUGACAUUUCUGAAUAUUCUCCACUCUGGCACAAAGGCUUUGCCUUUGAAAUGAGAAAGCCUUUUGAGACCAGUUUCAGUUUGUGGUGGGGAUGCAGAUAUGCCCUAUGCAUUCUCUCCUCAUGAAAUAAUCCCCACUCUCUAGGAUUUUGAGGCUUCACUUCCUGAUUUUGACCACAGCUGUGUGGUGACUUGAGUUGCACAAUAUCUUCUACCAACCUUUUGACAUCUUUUUCAUUUUAUCAAUGGCCUCUGGCCUGGUGAAGACUCUUUAACGCUCUGAAGCUGUUAUGAAACCAGCCUUGUGAAUAUACCAUUCCUCACAUUGCUACUGCAUUGAAGUGGUGCUCUCUACACAAUCUCUUUCUGCUUUACUGAGGGGUAACAACCUCAACACAUCUUUUCCAGAGAUGUUGGGAUGGCCUUUAACAAUCUCUUGUAUUUUGGUAUUCAUAAUACCAGUCUUAGCCUUAUUAAAAGGUUCAUUGUCUGGUUCUCAGUGAGCUUUGGUAGUAUGGUGGAGUUUUGUUUAUUAGGGGCAAGAUAACUGCAGGUGUAUCAGUUAUUAACUGACACAUCUAUUUAGUGAAUUGACAGACAUAUUCCUCAUCUUUUGGAUUCCUGUCUUCAGGAGCACGAACAUCUCGGUCAAUAUACUGGGAACAAAUGUGUUCACGUUUCUUUUUUUGUCAGAGGGUUUUUUUAUUAUUAUUUUUUAUUACCAGGCCCUUCACUUUGCACGAUUUAAUAUUUUCUCUAGGUUUUUUUAACCUAGAUACAUGGGCCACUGGUUACACUAUCUUUACCUCGGGUGUUUAACAAAUAUUCUGGGGAAUACAUGGCAGCUGCAAUGUGCUUGCAUUCCCCAUCUCGACCACAUUUACAUUUAGCUUGAAGGACACUGCCCCGGUUUGCACCUAUGCCUUUAACAAUAAACCAAAGGUCGUAGUGUUCCUUUCCCUCUUCCGUUUUUAUUUUCAUAAAAGGGUGCACAUUGACUGCAUAUACAUGAAUUCCCUCUAGAAUUCAAAUGAGAUGUUAAUAAAGAUUUCACGUAACCAUCAUCGAAAAGUCGAUAAUCUCCAAAUGACCGAUAAACGGCGAGUCCUUGCUUAUCGUAACCGGUGGAGUGGUAAAUCAAAUAAUUAAAAAUAUCGUACAAUCCAAACGGCGGCGACGCGUUAAUAUUGUUGACAGUCUUCAGGAGAAAUGGAUUGGGAAUUAGCAUAUCAUGAAUUACUGAUUCGUUUAAAGCAUUGGCGUCGUCUUUUUCGAAAUUUGGAUCCACUGGCAGAACCAUUUUUCGACCACGGAGGCGAUUCCCACUGAGUUAAGCGAGGCUUUCGAGUAUCCGCUCGCUAAAAAAUCUCAUGUUCUUGUAGAUAUUUUUUAAACUCUGCCACGCUCAUUCCGUUGAAGUCGGCUUUACUCUUGUGAUCCGUCAUUUUUAAGUCUAACUCUUCUUAAAGGUUGACCCGAGCUUCGCAGAAUUUCCCACAUUUAAUAGCUAAGGAAAUCCACAAGAUACGUGAUUCCAUGUGGGAUUCAAGGCUUCCUCACGUUCUACAGCAAUUCGUGGGCACUAAUUUCCCAAUAGAAGUGAUUUUAUUCAACAAUCUACGUACUUAACAUUCUGAAAAUACCUGAUCAGAUACAUCACUGUAUGUAGAACUAGUUCAAUGAUUCCAUGCUGCAAUUCUUCUUGCCACAUUCUUCACAUCUACCUCAACGGCAGCAAAAUAACAACUUGCUUGAUAAACAGUCAAGUAAAUGAUAUAAGAAAGAUGUCAAUUUUGAGCGAAGAAAUGAUUCUUGAAAGUGGGAAGUUAAUUAAGGAAAAUUGCCAAAGCCGAAGAAAAUUUUUUUUAAGUGUCACGCUUGGAUCUCUUACAGACUCUAUGAACAGGGUCGGCGAAAAGAACAACGUUCGAAAUGUUUCACUUUCUAGAAGUGCUUGAGGAUUCUAAUAAAGAUAAAAUAUUUUUGAUAGAAAUUGGUAUUUUUCAAAGAGAAAUAUGGAGAAAUAUCAGACUGCCGGACAUUCAGUUAUUCGAAGACCGUGUCCGGUUGUGUGCGAAGAAAAUUUCCUAAAGGUCAAUUUCCAACCUUGAUGCAACGAGGUUGUUUGUUUUUGUUUUGAAUCACUAUCAACGAUAAGUGAACGUGUUCGUUUUAAGCACUGUUCGAACCGACCUUCCCGACAUGUUGUUACAUAUGUUACAUACUAAUGCGACUUCCUAAUCGGAAUUUAUAACUGACUUCUCAUUUUCUGACGAAAUUAUUUUACCAGAAGAGCUAUUUCUAACUUCGUGUGCAAAAAAAACAUCCGUUGCAACAGCUUAGGAAUGUGUUCAAAAUAAACUUUUUCUUAGUGUAUCGUAUUUCGGCAGCAUCAGCUAAGGCGCCCGUUUGAAACCAGUUGUCGCGUUCUGAAUACAAACCCAUGCGCGAUUGCGUAUUUCAUAGCUUUUAUCAUCGGUGAACACGCUGUUCUCGAAAACUAGUUUGUUCAUCUCGCCUUUUAAACAAAAACUAAGAAGUUUUACUAGCUUAUUUUAAUGGUGUUGUGUUACAGUUUAGUUACUUGUCACGGCUCGUAUGCAAAUUUUUAUGCGAGGCCGGAUUUACUUCGCGUUUUAUUAAUUGUAUUUACUUCUUGUUUUAUUAUUUGUUUAAUCAUCGAUCGAUGUUCACCUAAUUGCUCGAAAAAGAGAAGGGAAAAUUAAAUGUAGUAGUUGUAGUAGUUCAAGUUUGUUUGAGACACGUGCGACGAGAAAUAAAACUGUUUACAUUUCGGUGCGUAAACACCGAAGCGAGCGCCGAUUGCAAUGAAUAAAAUAAAACAUUAAUCACAAUCUGAAAUAGCAUAUUUUCCUUCUGUUCCCCAUCGAAGGUGAUCGAGUUAAGUUUGAAUUUUCGAAGAAAUCACGGGCGAUGUGAAAAGUAAAUUGAUUACAUUCCGGUGCGUAAACAGCGCUGAUUGUAAUGAAUAAAUUAAGAAGCAUGUUACUCGCUUAAUAAUACACGUGUUUCGAUGCCUUGUGUAGGUAACGUUUUCCUUUCCCCUGAUUCAUCAGCAACUCAAACCAAGCAAAUCUACUGCGAAGCAAUGCGACAUGCGUGAGUGUAACAUGUAAAUUUUCCGUUGCCGACUCAUCGCUUUUUCAAACCAAUAAGUUCUUUGUUUUACACAACAGUAGUGAAAUACAAAGGAAACGUGUAACUCUGAAUAACAAAGGCGAAUGAGUUGCGCAUGACUCAACUUGUGUGCAUUCUAUGGACAAGUGCAUGGUGUGUGUCUUUGUUGUUUUUACCACUGCCUCCUUUGCUUAACCAAAAAAACAAGAGUCCUUUACACUCUUGAAUCACCAUGUAUAUUCUCAUCCUUGUUCUCUUCACAUUUGCUAUCAUACUAACGGAAGAAUUUGUAUAUCAAUCAAGAGCUUAUUUCAGUUCCUGAUUAUUUCUUUUAUUCUCAUGACCUUAAUGCUGUAUUCUGAAAUGAUAAUUUAAGGAGAAGUUCAAUGUUAGUCUUUCUUGUUGGUAAAAGGGUUAAAAGGACACAUGUUCCAAAAUUGCUAAAGAAACUACAGAAAUACAAAGAUUGUUUUUGAAAAAAAAAAAAUUUUAAUGAGGGUAAAAUUAUAUAGAUUUUCCCUCAUUAUUCAAAAAAAUGUGAUACAAUAGUUGGUACUUUGGGAGAGAACUCAAUCAACCUACAGAUUUCCUUUAAGCUUGAAAUCUUUGUAAUCAACCAUUUUUUGGCAUUUUCUUGAAUAGCUUAAUGUUACAAUGACAUUACAAAAAAUUGCCAGAAUCAUUAUUGCAGCAACACUUCUAAACUCGGAAAAGUUUUCUUAGAUCUCAUGAUUGCAGACCUCUAGAGGUGGUUAAAUUUGGAUCUCAGUCUUCAUGAAUUGUUUUGUUUCAGUCUCCUCCAGCAAACUAUGGUAACUUAAGUGGGCACACAAAAUUCAAAAAAUUAAAAAGCAUUACAAAGUUAAAAACAUUCUUGACUGAAAAAGCCAAAAUUGUUCCAUGGAGGCAAAAUUUCCUUGAUUUCCCCUCUUUUAUAGAAAAAUAUCUACGUUUACCUGUAUUCAGGAGAUUUAGGUAACUAUACACGAGACAAGGAGAUUCAAUCUGUAUCUAGCAGAUUGGAGCUGGCACAUAUUAUGCACGGAGUCAGCAAUUUUCCUUGCAUGGUUAGCUUUUUGUCCUCUCGCUUUUAAUGACUUUUGUUUUAAUACAAAUGCAUCCUUUUGGAAGUGGCAAAAAGUUUGAAGGGAAGUGAAAGAAAGAGAGGGGACACUAUUUUGAAGGAAGCACCCUGAGCAUUCUUGCUGAUUUCUUGUUAAUUUUGUCGAGAAACAUGAGGAAAUUUGCUAAAGAAUGUGCAAUGGGUAAACAGUGUGGUAAAACUUUAACUAUUUUUUUUUCAUUGGAAUAGUCUGGGAAAAUGCUGAUACUAGUAAUGACAUAAAAAUGAUGACCCAUGAACGGAGCUAUCAGUAAGAUUUGAAGUAGGUGGCAACAUCGGUAAAGCACCCGCCGGAGAAUAAUGUGUAAAAUAAUUUCCCUCUCGUUAGCCUAUCAGUUUUAUUCAGAAGAAACUGGCUGCAAACCGAGUUUUCAGUAUUAAACUUUGGUCAGUGAUCAUUAAAUAUUAGUCUCCUUUGUAACAAAUGUUUAUCUGUUUGUUUUAUUUCUAAACAAAAUCUUCCAUUUGCUGACAUGCAAACCUGCUACCCGAGUUUCACCCAAAAGUCCUCUGAAAAGACAUGGUAAACAAUCUUCAAGCUGCCGGUUGCUUUAUGAAAAAUCACAAAAGUCGCGUACUUACUCAUCUGGCUAACCAUUAACCAUAUGGCCAUGGUCUUCUUCGCUUUUCACAGCAAAUGUAGCUUUUUUUUGAUAAAAAGUUAGACGCUAGGUGUUCAAUGGCUGCAAACUUAACAUCUUUGCAAAAAGAUCCGAAUUUGAUUUACGUGUGUUAUCAACAAGCGCGCACUUUUCAAAUUUGUAUUUACUAACUAGCAGUUGAGAAGAACUGCUUUUGUUUUAUUUGUCCAAAGAUAUUUGAUGAUUCCAGUUUAGCACAAAAUUGUUUGAAAAUUAUUUUAAGGUUACUUCCUACUUACGCCGGUGACCUUCGGGAAAAAAUUCCUACGCGCGCUAGUUCCACUAAAAUCCUAGCAAACUAUAACUCAGAAGAAAACUUUGAACUGCAGUUUAUGAUUUAAACGAGGUUUCCUCUUAUGAAGUAUCAAGCGUGAAACGACCGAUGGUUCUUUUGAAUUUAUGGGGUAUCGGAUGCCGCAGCACGAGCAUAAAAUGGCUGCAUAGUCUUAUUCAGAAGGCAUCAAUCAACAAUAGUGUCUCAGGCUUUUUCGAUAUUCUAAAUGGUUGUCUAGAUAUCGGCAUCUAAAGUUGGAGUAGCUAAAAAUGCAAGGCGUGUUGUGCGUAAAUGGGCGUCGUCGGACAAAUAUUUAAAAUAUCAAAAUUUCCCGACUCACUUCCGUUUGUCAUUAUUCCUGGAAUGUUUUGGCAAAAUUUGACGUAAACUGGUCGCGUCUAUAUACCCUAUAAAUUCGUUCUAGGUGGAUGUACACCUCCCAAAUUCAAAUGCGAGAUUUUAGCUCGUAAAGGUCCGUAAAUAACUCGCGCUACGCCAGGAGAUUAUCUCGCCUCCUGAAACCGCAAACCAAUCGGACAACGGGACCUCCUAGCGUCAAUGACGAUGGAUCAAGAUUUUCCGCGAAAAGUAGACCAUUACAGAGUUAUCUCGAUUGCUCAGUGGAGCGUUGAGGAGGACGACACAAUAAUGGGCUAAAACCCAUUGAAAAAACCCGCGGCAAAAAUGGAAAGUAGUGUUUACACGCGGGGACUAAUUACACAGGAAAGAAGCAAAAACUGGGGGGCAAACGGUAUCAUUCUUUCACUCUGCAGCUUUCUUAAGAAACCAAAAUUAUUAAAAUAGCAAUAUAGCAUUGAAAUAAAUCAGCUCAGUACAAACCGCAGAUUUUUCUGCGAAAUUGUUCAGUGCUUGAAUUGUUUCUGAUUCAGUUCGGAUACAAGCGAAAAAUAACGCUUUGUUACCGAUCAGAUGUGGCCGAUACAGAAACAAAAAGCACUUGAUUUUCUUUGUCGGUUGUGUUUUUGUUGCUGUUACCUUCAUGAGUUUUGUCCCAGAGUUGUCGAUUUUUUUUUUGAAAGUCGAUCAGCAUUCUGGUGGAAGUGACGCUCCAAGCAUCGUUUUCCUUGUGAUCUGCCAUCUUGAAACAGAGUUCCUAGGAAUUGUGGGGGCUUGUGAUACCGAUCUGUGAUUGGUUUAUUUUAAUUUGACGCUGGGACUUGUCCCACGAACAGUUCACACGAAGCGUUUUGACGAACCAGUCUGAGGGACUAGUCGCAAGGACAAAAUUUUAGUCCCUGCGACUAGAUUUUGUGGCAAAACGGCUAGUUCAGGGAACUUGUUGCAGAGACUAGUCCCCUCUUGUGUGCCGACCUUUACUGAUUUAUUAACUUUUAUUUGGAAAUACGUUUUUUUCUAAACAACUCGGGUGCGUUUAAAGAUUUCAGAAAUUUUUGUAUGGAAACGUGAGCUUAAAUGAUUAAAUUCAGUUAAAUCAAAUAAAAGCAAAAACGAUUUUUUGGCCUCUGAGGGUGAGAAAUAACCUUGAGUAACCGACGAUGUGUAGUUCCAAAUUUAUAUAAAACACGCAAAACAAGCAGAAAAAGAAAACUGCCUGUGAAAUAAUGAAUCUAAAAAUCAAAGAGCAUGGAAAUUGAAAAUAAAUAAGAUGAAUGCUCCAGUACUUAAGUGACUCCUCUGUGUUACUGAAUAAUUUUUUUGUUCUAUAAAUUCGACUUGAACAUGGCAAAGUAUACCCGGCGAUUCACAACAGCACACCUGCUGGAGCUCCGGUAGGUGCCGGGUGUUAUUAAAUGCAGUGCAUGAAUAAAUUGUUGGAGAUGAUUUUAAGUGGAUAGAAUUGGGCUCUAUGUUUGGAACUUUCUCAGUGGUGCGAAUGAAGAACAUUUGAAAAAGCUAAUAGAUGAGUUUGUUCGGAAAUUUUAUGAGCAUUUGGAAAGUUUUCAUUCAGUUCCUUUUUAUUUGCCUCUCCCCCAUUGUGGCAUGAACAUGUGAUAUACUUAUUUUUAUCAACAUUGUAUUUUGUAACAUAAUUGUUCAUUGUUAUCCAGUAAAGUUCAUUAGUCUUUUUUAACCUGAAUUGAUAUAUUGGUAUGGGUGAUACCGAUCAAUGUCGGGUUUCUUUGAUAGUUUUAACAGUUUCACUGAUUGGGCUUGCGAAGCAACGGUGGUCUCUUAAGGAUGGCCUUGAGUUGAAGCUAUGUCUUGAAUUGUUCACUUUGUUGAUUUUAGGACUUUUCGCUUCUGAGUUUGAUCAUCAGAUUGGAUGGUUGGUGCUAAAGGGUAUUUCAGAAUAUGCAGAUAGUACAGUGUGUUCAUCAGAGAAGUGGAACACUUUUGCAAGUGUGAUGGCUGCUUCUGUCGUUGUAAAGAUUUUGAGUGAUCCUGAUGUAUUUCAAGAGUGGAGCCAUUAUCAA